AUGAACUUCAUGGUUUCUUCCAUCGCUCGUAAAUACCAGAUCAAGCAGAACACCUCAAAUGCCUGCUUGGCUAGCAAUCUGAGGUUCCUCAAUGAGGACCUAUUUGAACUCAGGCUGCCAAGAGAGAUUAGAAACAAGAUAUGGGCUUUUGCAGCAUUGGAGCCUCGAGUCAUCCCGCUUUUCAUCAUGCAACGAGAUCUCGAGCAUCGCAAGGUCUCCAGUCAAGCUCCACACCCGGCCAUAGUUCAAGUCAACAAGGAAUCUAGGGAGGAGGGGAUGAGGCAUUAUGAGAGAGUCCUCGAGAAGUGCUCCAGUUUUUGUCCACAUCGAGACUUGCUUUACACCUCUGCAUAUCGACAUGAUGGAAGAUGUUCUGGCCAGCGAAUUCCCACCUACAUUAACUUCGCCGUUGACCGGUUUCAUCAUGGAUCAGAUCUCAAUCUGGUUCUCAACAAAAACUUGACUGCUGUGAGAAUCUCACGAGAGAAGCCAAGCGAGACCUUUCAGCACACGCACGCGCCAUACGAAUACAGGAUUCCCAGAUACUGGUACUUCCCAACUCGCUACGAUGACCUCGAUCUCCAUAUCUUCUUGAAGCGCGAUGCUUUGAGAGAGUUUACUAUCAAGUUCAUUGGCGAUGGCAAUCUCGGAGGACAGGAGAUAUGGAAUGAGGGCAGCGUCUUUGAGAGCAUGAGGCGAAGUGAAGGAGCGCGGAGACUGAGGGAGGAGCUUGAGGAAUACAUCAAGGAGAAGAAGUUCAGUUGCCGGGUUGAGAUUGAAAUGAUCUUCGAGGAGGAUGAUUUGCAGCUGGAACGUCUUGGACGACGCUCGAUCCUUUACCUCAGGAUCACUAAGACCAGUGAUAAUUGA